GCACUUGCAUUUCGACCAAAAAGAAAUGGCAUCUCUCUGUUUAAACUCAGCAUUUUCUCAGAGCACUAACAUCUCCUUGCAAUCCAAAAAUCCUCUUACCCACACCAUCUUUAACUUAAAAAAGCACUCUUAUUCUACGUAUGGAACAAACACAGUUAUCCGAUGCUCAAUUCCCCACCAGCAACGACCUGAAUAUAUACCCAGCAAAAUCUCUGACUCAAAAUAUGUACGCAUUUUCGAUACGACUCUUCGCGACGGCGAGCAAUCACCAGGAGCAACAAUGACAACAAAAGAGAAACUCGAUGUGGCACGUCAAUUAGCUAAACUCGGUGUAGACAUAAUCGAAGCUGGUUUUCCAGCAUCAUCUGAAGCUGAUUUCGAAGCGGUUAAAUUAAUAGCUGAAGAAAUUGGUAACAAGGUUGAUGAUGAAGGUUAUGUGCCAGUAAUUUGUGGAUUAUCGAGGUGUAAUAAGAGGGAUAUUGAUAAAGCAUGGGGAGCUAUUAAGUAUGCUAAAAGAGCUAGGAUACAUACAUUUAUAGCGACAAGUGAGAUACAUAUGAAGUAUAAGUUGAAAAUGAGUAGAGAAGAAGUUGUGGAGAAAGCUAGGAGUAUGGUAGCAUAUGCAAGAAGUCUUGGAUGUAAUGAUGUUGAAUUUAGCCCUGAAGAUGCUGGAAGGUCCGAACGAGAGUUCCUUUAUCAUAUCCUUGGAGAAGUUAUCAAAGCUGGUGCAACAACCCUUAACAUACCUGAUACUGUUGGAUACGCUGUCCCGAAAGAAUUUGGACAAUUAAUUGCUGACAUAAAAGCCAAUACUCCAGGAAUCGAACAUGUGAUCAUAUCAACGCACUGUCAUAAUGAUCUUGGGCUAGCUACUGCCAACACCCUAGCCGGAGCUUGUGGAGGUGCAAGACAAGUAGAAGUGACCAUCAAUGGCAUCGGUGAAAGAGCUGGAAAUGCUUCGCUCGAGGAGGUUGUAAUGGCUUUAAAAUGUCGUGGAGAUCAAGUAUUAGGCGGCCUCUACACGGGGAUUAAUACUCAAAAUAUUAUCCCGUCGAGCAAAAUGGUGGAGGAGUACACUGGGCUUCAGGUGCAGCCACAUAAGUCCAUUGUUGGAGCUAAUGCAUUUGCUCAUGAAAGUGGCAUCCAUCAGGAUGGAAUGUUAAAACACAAAGAUACCUAUGAGAUUAUAUCACCUGAAGAUAUUGGGCUUACUCGUGCACAUGAAGCGGGUAUUGUUCUUGGGAAACUCAGUGGGCGCCAUGCAUUGAAAUCCAAAAUACUUGAGCUUGGAUAUGACAUUGAAGAAACAGAACUAGAGGGCCUGUUUUGGCGAUUCAAGUCAGUAGCUGAGAAGAAAAAGAAAAUUACAGAUGAUGACAUAAUAGCACUGAUGUCAGAUGAAGUUUUCCAGCCUCAAGUUGUUUGGCUGGUUGGUGACGUACAGAUUACAUGUGGAAGUCUUGGGCUCUCUACAGCAACUGUUAAGCUUAUUGACAUUGACGGUCAAGAGCAUAUUGCUUGUUCUGUUGGAACAGGACCUGUUGAUGCAGCUUACAAGGCAGUGGACCUCAUCGUAAAGGUACCUAUAACACUCCUCGAAUACUCCAUGAAUGCAGUCACAGAAGGUAUAGAUGCCAUAGCUUCAACCAGAGUGUUAAUCCGUGGUGAGGAUGACCUUGCUGUAACGAAUGGUUCAGCUGGACAUACUCCUCAUCGCACAUUUAGUGGAACUGGAGCGGAUAUGGACGUUGUUAUCUCCAGUGUCCGAGCCUAUAUUGGUGCAUUGAACAAAAUGAUGAGUUUCCAAAAGCUGGUCUCGAGAUACAACAAACGCGAAGAUAGUGUGGUGGUAUAGUUGGUGGUGUGUGAUCAAGGAAUAAACUCCUGCCUCCAUCAUCUCUUGUCAAUUGUACAGAAAUAGGGAGCCUAUCCAACAAAAAUACGACUUGCCCGGAAGAAGUGGCAAUGAUAAAUGAAAAAUAUGAGUCGUCGUGCAUUUUCAUUUUCUCCUGCAUUCUCUCCACUCUUCUGCAGGUUGAUGUGCAGCUUGUAGUUUAUUCUGAGACAAAGCUUAAAUGUCUUAAUGUGUGAAAGUCAAUUAAGUUUUGUGUUGUACCAAUUAACCACAGAUACUUUAUGUGGUUUAGCUCUUGUGCUUAUGCAUUGCUAAGUUAAGAGCUUCUCUUUGAAGUUAAUUACAGAAAUUUCUGAGGUUCUCCUCUAA